UCCUGAUCUCCGCAUUUUUGAAAUAUAAAAUAUAUCAUGGCAAUUACAACAAUGUCGAAGACCUGGAAAAAGCUGUCGGGUUAAAGAAAAUGUAACAGAUAUUACCAACCACUUAAGUUCAACUCCGCGUCCGUAGCAUUUGAACUCGACCCCCAAUUAAACGGUGAGCCAACCGACCAUGGCUUGCCCCUUUCAAAGUUUUCGAGGUGAAAGCAGCCAAGGUGGCAGUGGCGGCGCCAGCAGACCUCGGCUGAGCCGUAGUUUGACAAGACGACAGGGAUCGAUCCAGGUGGCUAUGGAAGACGAAGAGGACAAGAACACACUGAAUUUGAAGAACUUGAACGCCGCUAUACUCACUUUGACCUCUCCAUCGAACGAUAUCGUCCAACAGGCAGUGAGGAAUGUAGUCCUGGAGGAACGGAAAAGAGACCCUCUGAAGUAUUCUUGCCUGGACAAGAUACCGGAAAAUAUAUCCAAUUGCAGACAUUAUGAACUUCUGGAUGAUGUUUUUGAUAUCCUCUCUAAAGAUGAAGACGCCAAUGAAUUCGAUUUUUUUGACAAGCUGGGACAAGAACUAAUAAACAUAUGUUGUACCGAAGGCAUGGAAAGGGCAUUUAAAUGCCUGGGUGGUGAUUUGAAGGAAUUUUUAACCACUUUGGAUGGAGUUUACGAUGUCCUAAAAUACAAAGAGGAUAUAAAUGCAGGAGAAUCUCCCGAAACAGAAGCAGCCUUCGUCUGCAACGCGACCAGCGACAUGGACCUCUAUCUCGAUUUUACGACAGACCGACCAGCCGUCGGUCACUUACUGGUGGGUAGUCUGAAGUCCAUCGCCAAGACAUUGUACUACACGCGCGUUGAAGUGACCAUGAUACGCGAGCUUGAUGCCAAGGGGCAGUUCAAAUACCACAUCCGAUAUUUAGACGUAGCCAACCAGAUUGGAACGCCCCACUGUCCAAAAACGCCUAAUGGUUUUGCCGGUUUACUUCCAGGCAACAUACCUAUGAGUAUACCUACGUUUUGUCGAGCUUUUCCGUGGCAUUUUGUUAUAGAUCGCCAUCUAGAGAUAGUCCAGCUAGGCUCAGGAUGCAUGCGCCUCUUCGGCUGUUUGCUCAAGAGCCACGGCACCUCGGUGUCCACCUACUUCGAGUUCAAGCGACCUCGCAGCCUUACCCUCUCCUUCGGCGAGAUCAUCAAACGGGCCAACACGCCCUUCGUCCUGGCCCUCAGACAGAUUCCCGGUGAUCGAUCGAGUCAGCCGAAGAAUAACUUGGAACUGGAACUUAAAGGGCAAAUGGUCCAUUGUCCGGAGUCUGAUUCUAUUCUGUUUAUCGGCUCUCCUUUCAUAGACGGACUCGAAGGCUUAACAGGAAGCGGCCUCUUUAUUUCUGACAUUCCCCUUCAUGACGCAACAAGAGAUGUUAUACUAGUAGGAGAACAGGCCAGAGCUCAGGACGGUCUCAGAAGGCGGAUGGAUAAGCUGAAAAGCUCGAUCGAGGAAGGAAAUCGGGCAGUGGACAAGGAAAGGGAGAAAAAUGUCAGCCUGCUACAUCUAAUCUUUCCACCUGACAUCGCCAGGCGCCUCUGGCUAGGUGAAAGUAUUGAAGCAAAAACACACGUGGAUGUCACUAUGUUAUUUAGUGAUAUAGUUGGAUUCACAUCAAUUUGCGCCACUGCAACCCCUAUGAUGGUUAUAAACAUGCUCGAGGACAUUUAUAACAGAUUUGAUACAUACUGUGGACAAUUGGAUGUUUACAAAGUUGAGACUAUAGGAGAUGCAUAUUGCGUAGCUGGGGGUCUACAUAAAAACACCAACACGCAUGCUCAACAAAUUGCCUGGAUGGCACUCAGGAUGAUCGAGACUUGCGCAUUCCACCAAACUCAUGAUGGUCAACCUAUACGGAUGCGUAUAGGUCUUCACACUGGUUCCGUUUUGGCAGGAGUGGUGGGUGUCAAAAUGCCACGCUAUUGCAUGUUUGGACACAAUGUCGCAAUCGCAAACAAAUUCGAAUCUGGCAGCGAGCCAUUGAGGAUAAAUGUUAGCCCUACGACAUACCAACGCCUAAUGACGACACCGGGGUUCGCUUUCGAGGCGCGCGACCGUUCCUGCCUGCCCAGUGGCUUCCCCUCGCACAUUCCCGGCACCAGCCACUUUCUGACCAACUACACCCACCCGGACGUGGACGUGGAAGCGCCACUGGCCAAGCACAUCCAGGAGGGCGCCGGCGAUCUCGGCAUCACCAUCGAAGACGUUGAAGAGGACGAAGACGAUGGCGGUGGACUGAGUCAAUAGUGGUGCUCGCCACGCUGCGGCAUCUUCGGACACUCGGCUAUUAUGACGCUGAUUUCUUUUAAUCUGCUAUUUGUGUUCUUCAUAUCUGUUACUUUGCUGGUAAUGUUUCUGACGGAUGAGGAAGUGAAGCCGUCUACUGAACCGACGAUGAAAACAGCUUGAAUGCGCAAAAUUCGUAUUUUAUGUAAAACAAAAAAGUUGUGAUAUUUUUUUGAAAUAAAUAAAGGU